AUGCACACGCUUUCAGAAAGCCAAAAGGUCUCCAACAUGGCGCGUGGUAUUAGCCCUCGUGAUAGGAGAAGUCAGGUCCAUGUCUGCAUCUGGGUAAUCCUCGGGCUGUGCAUUGCCCUUGUUACCAUUUGCCUCGCCUACGACAGGUUUUUCAAGACCUGA